AUGGCGGAUCCCAGCGUAGUUUUGCGUCUCGUUGUGGACCAAAACAGUCCUGACAAUAAUUUGCGUAAGUCCUCCGAGCUUGAGUUCAAUCAUCUCGCGGCGCAAAACCCAUCUCAGCUCGCUUUUCAUCUCAUUCAAUCUGCUUUGGCUGAAAACCUCAGCGUUGAUGUGAGACAGUCGUGCUUGCUCCAUUUGAAGCGAUUAGUUCCGAAAUUCUGGUCCAUAGGCUUUGAGCUGUUUAUAGGGCCUGCCAUUGACCAGGAAUUGAAACGGGUUAUUCGCCAAAACUUGGUGCAGUUGGUGACUUCCACAACGAUCUCCAAAAUCAGGUCUGGUGCAGCGUAUGUCAUUGUCCAGAUCGCUGCUUCGGACUAUCCGGAUGAAUGGCCUGACUUGCUAGGUCAAUUGUACUCUCAUACUACGGACUUAAGCAAUGAGCCAGCCGUUGUUGGUGGAUUGGCUGUUCUUACAGACUUAUUCGACGAUUUGAUCACGGAAGACCAAUUCUGGGGUGGUGGCGUCGGAGCCCAGCUCAUAUCCAACGUGACCCAUGUAUUGGGCCAAGAUGCAUUAUCACCAGACAUCAAAACCUCAGCGCUCAAGUUGUAUUUGACUGUGUUUAAUACAUUGCUGAGUGCUGAAGCGAUGGAGGUGAAAGAACGCCGCUCAUCGGUGACACAGCAUAUCGUGCAGUUUUCAGAGUUAACUCUUACACUUUUGCAAAAACUGAUGACUGCGUCAACGUCUACUGAAGCAGUUGCUUUGAACGAACUUCACUACAGAGCCUAUUUGUACAAAGUUCUCUCUCGCGUGUUAAGCUCGUUUUCGAAAUUAGUGUCAGAGAACGCAAAGGUUGCAUUUAUCCAAACUUUGUGCCAUGAUCUCGUGUUUGGCUCGCGAGCUUUCCGUGCGGCUUCUUCCUCCCUGGAUGUCUUCAUUAAAAUACCUGAUGAUCUCUCUGAUCCUCAAAAAUGCGUAACAAACUACCUCGCCAAUCUUUUGCAGUGUCUCUCGUUAUUGCAACACCGUAUUCCUCUUUCGCAGACCCUUUCGAAAGAAGAAUUCACCCAGUUUCUUCUGUGUUUAGUUGAAUGUGCGACCCUCUCUGAAGAUAUGGUUGAUGACUUCACUGCAGACGCAAACGCCUUUGUCACAGAGAUUACAGGGUUGUCUGCGCAAGCAUCUGUGCGAGAUUCUAUUUCUGAGUUUUUAAUGGAUGUCAACGACCAAGACGCAACACAGCUUUUUCAUGUCAUUAACGAAAGGUGGAUCAAUGUUGAACUUCCGUGGGCUUUGAAAGAGGCUCACUUGUUUUUGACUGAAGCUUUACUUCUGAAUGAGGAUGCGGAAAACUUAGGUACAAACCUUCCCUUAUCGAAAUAUUUGGAGAGCUUGAAUGCCUUGGUUUCCGUAGAACAAGGACCUUCAAACCAUCCUCUUCUCAUUUCGCGAGUUUUUCUUGUCCUUCCGAAGUUUUUUGAAAAGUUCUCCAACAAGUUAUCUGUUAAUACUUUUGGUGCAAUCGAGUUUAAAAAUACUUUUGCAUAUGCUGCUCAUCCACAAAACUUUGACCUGUUUGAUCUCAUUCAAGCAAGCGCUUUGGUGUCAGCAACGUUCUGGAAGAAUUUGCCUGGAUUAAAAUUGCCUGACUUGGGAACUGACCUCCAAGCUAACAUCUUUGAAGUUGCUUAUGCAAUGUUUUCUGACAGUGAAGAGGAUACUCUUCCGGUUCUUUUGGAGGCUAUCUCUGUUGCCAUUGACAUUGAUCAUCAUUGGGCGUUCAAGGCAGUAGUUGCACAGCAAUUUAGUGUGAUUGAUUUAAUUUUCCAAAUCUCAUUCAAAGACCCUGCGAAUGUGCAAUUGACAAUUGAUUCUACGGAAUGUAUCGAAGUUUUGCUUGCAAAUGUGCUGAACGAAGAGUAUAUUCAAGUUUGCCAAAAACUGAUUCCAUUUAUCCUUGACAUAAUUAAUAAUUCUUUGUCGCAGCAACUGGUUGAGUAUUCUCCACAGUUGUACCUAGCUCUUGAAAUACUUGGAUACAUUGUUGGAGCAUCACCAGGUGAGGAUUCACGGGAUAAUUUUCCUUCUGAAGUGUUUACCUUCAUUUUCCCUGUUUUGAAGAAUUUGAUCUUGAGAACGAAUGAUGACCAAAUCUUACAGAACAGUGGUGAGGUAUUCAACAACCUCUUGAAGCGUGCUUCUAAGCUUUUUGUAGAAUAUGUGGAUGAGGAAACAAAGCAGUCGGGCAUGGAAUUACUUUUGGAAGUGGCUAAUAAAUUUUUGUCCCCAGAGUUAUCAGAUAGUGCAGCCAUGAGCUGUGGGUUGAUUGUUAUUUCCUUGUUUGAGAACUUCCAGGAGUACCUUGAUAACAACUUCUACUUUCAGCUACUUCAGGCGACGGUGCGUCGUUUAGUGAUUGCAAAGGAGGUGGUUACUAUCGAGAAUUUGAUCAUGGUCUUCUGCAAAUUAGUCCUUAACUAUUCGCCUGAACACUUGAUCAAUGCUUUGGUAGAAGUUCGGGAGGGGGAUAAAAAUGGUUUGCAGCUUGUGUUGCCCAUCUGGUUUAGUUCUUUUGAGGUCACUCGUGGUUUUGAAAAGAUUAAGCAGAACAUUCUUGCCUUGGGCAGAAUUUUUUCAUUCAACGAUGAUCGGGUUAAAAGCAUCAUUGUUGAUGGUGAUCUUAUUCCGUACGAAGGUGAUAUGAUCAUCACGCGUUCAAUGUCCAAGAAAAUGCCAGAGAGAUAUACGCAGAUCCCUGCACCGCUUAAAAUCUUGAAAUUGUUGGCAGGCGAGUUGGAGUUCCAGUGUCAGCAACCAGAUGCUAAUGAUUACUUGCCUGAACGAGUGGAGGAUGAAGAAAAUGACGGCGAUUGGGAAGAUUUGGAUGACAUUGGAGUUCCCAACUAUGAAAAAUUGAAGUCCUACAUCGACUCUGAUGAAGAAGAAGAAGAUAACGCCGAUUCUGGUAUUAAGGAGAUAUUGGUACAAUUUUUCAAGGAGUGCACAAGCAAAGAUCUUGGUGGUUUUCAACAGUACUACGAGGCAAUGAGUGAUGACGAGAAGAAGGUGAUUACUGAAAAUUUAGUAUUUUAG